GUGGCCAUAGGGGGGUUCAGAGUGGCCAUGGGGGGUCCCACGAUCGGGCCCCUCCUGCUGCUGGUGGCUGGAGCCGGAGCGAUGCUGCGCAUCCCCCUGGAGAGGGGCCCAUGGGUGCCCCCCAAAUUCUGGGGGGGCGGGGGGGGCCCCCGCAGCCGCAGUGGGGGAGGGGCGGCGGCGCCCGCGCGGCUGCGGAACUUCAUGGACGCGCAGUACUACGGGAUGAUCUCCCUGGGGACCCCCCCCCAGAAUUUCAGCGUCGUGUUCGACACCGGCUCCGCCGACCUGUGGGUGCCCUCGUCCCGCUGCUGCCUGCUCUACCUGGCCUGCUGGCUCCACCCCCACUACCACUCGCUGCUGUCCUGCACCCACCGGCCCAACGGCACCGAAUUCGGCAUCAGCUACGGCAGCGGCAGCCUGAGGGGCUUCCUCAGCACCGACACGCUCACGGUGUCCAACGUGUCGGUGCCCAACCAGACGUUCGCGGAGGCGGUGGCGCUGCCCGGGCUGGCCUUCGCGGCGGCGCGCUUCGACGGCGUGCUGGGCCUGGCGUACCCCGGCGCCGCCGCCGGCCCCGCGCGCCCGGUGUUCGACAGCAUGAUGGGGCUGGGGCUGUUCCGCAACAACGUCUUCUCCUUCUACCUGCGCAGCGGGGCGUCGGAGGGCGACGGGGGGGAGCUGCUUUUGGGGGGCAUCGACGAGCGGCUCUUCGAGGGACCCCUGCACUACGUCCCCGUCACCCGAAAGAGCUACUGGCAGGUGCACAUGGACAGGGUGUCGGUGGGGUCCCCGGGGGUCGCGGGGUGCCGGGACCCCCCCCUGUGCCGGGGGGGCUGUGAGGCCAUCGUGGACACGGGGACGUCGCUGAUCACCGGGCCCAGCGCCGAGGUCACCGCGCUGCACCGCGCCCUGGGGGGGUUCCGCGCCCUGCAGGGACAGUACGUGACCGAGUGUGACAAGGUGCGGUCACUGCCCAACGUCACCUUCGCGCUGUCGGGGGCCGAGUUCACACUCAGCGCUGAGGAGUACGUGCUGCAGGUGUCGCAGCCGGGGUCCCUGACGUGCAUCAGCGGGUUCAUGGCUCUGGACAUUCCCCGUCCCGCGGGGCCGCUCUGGAUCCUCGGGGACGUGUUCCUGGCGCGGCACUACGCCGUCUUCGACCGCGACCGCGACCGCCUGGGGCUGGCCCGCAGCCGCCAGCACCCCAGGGACCCCUGAGGCACCCUGGGGACCCUGGGGACAUCUGGGGACACCGCCAGGACACCCCCCGGGACAUCCCCAGGACACCUGAAUCACCUGGGACACCCCAGGGACACCCCCAGGACAUCCCAAGGACACCCCCAGGAUACCCCAAUGACACCCCAGGGACCCCUGAGUCACCUGCGACACCCCAGGGACACCCCCAGGACAUCCCCAGGACACCUGAGUCACCUGGGACACCCCUGGGGACACUCUGGGGACACACUGGGGACACCCCUGGGAUACCCCCAGGACACCUGAGGCACCCAGGACACCCUGAGCACACCCCCAGGACACCCCGGGGACCCCUGAGGCACCCCAGGACACCCUGGGGACAUCCCCAGGACACCUGAGUCACCCCAGGGACACCCCCAGGACAUCCCCAGGGACUCCUGAGGCACCCAGGACAUCUGGGGACACCCUGGGGACAACCUGGGGACACCCCCAGGACACCCCGGGGACCCCUGAGGCACCCCAGGACACCCCGGGGACACCCCAGGACACCCAGGUCCUUCCUGGGACCACCCAACACCCGGGUGUCACCAAGUGUCACCUACACCAGGCACACCUUGGUGACCCUUGGGUGUCCCUGGGACCACCCCAGGGACACCCCCAGACCCCUCAGGGACCCCCCGCUCCCUUUGGGGACCACCUUUUUGGGGUCCCCCAAGUGACACCCACCCCAGGGACACCUUGGUGACCCCCAGACCUCUGAGUCCUCCCUGGGACCACCCAACCCACGAGGACCUUGGGGACCCCCCCCCCUGCAUGUCACCCCCCCCUCCCUCAGGUGACCCUCCUGGACACCUGCGGCCUUCAAGGUCACCCAUCCUGGGGACACCUGGGACCCUUCUGGGGUCACCCUUGGGUCACCCUUGGGUCACCUGGAUCCUCUCUGGGACCCCCUGGGUGUCGGGGUCCCCUUUUUUUUUGGGGGGGGGCUCCAAUAAAGCUGCUGGUUUGGGG